AUGGGAGACUGGAACUUCCUGGGAGGCAUCUUGGAGGAGGUGCACAUCCACUCCACCAUGGUGGGCAAGAUCUGGUUGACGAUUCUCUUCAUCUUCCGCAUGCUGGUGCUGGGCGUGGCCGCCGAGGACGUGUGGAACGACGAGCAGUCGGACUUCAUCUGCAACACGGAGCAGCCGGGCUGCCGCAACGUGUGCUACGACCAGGCCUUCCCCAUCUCGCUCAUCCGCUACUGGGUGCUGCAGGUCAUCUUUGUGUCGUCGCCCUCGCUGGUCUACAUGGGCCACGCCAUCUACCAGCUGCGCGCCCUGGAGAAGGAGCGCCACUGCAAGAAGGCGGCGCUGCGGCGAGAGCUGGAGGCGGCGGACGCCGAGCUGGCGGAGGCGCGGCGGCGCAUCGAGAAGGAGAUGAGGCAGCUGGAGCAAGGCAAGCUGAACAAGGCGCCGCUGAGAGGCUCGCUCUUGUGCACGUACGUGGCGCACAUCGUCACUCGCUCGGUGGUGGAGGUCAGCUUCAUGAUGGGCCAGUUCCUCCUCUACGGACACCGCCUGAGUCCCCUCUACAAGUGCGAGCGGGAGCCCUGCCCCAACAAGGUGGACUGCUUCGUGUCCCGGCCCACCGAGAAGACGGUUUUCAUGGUCUUCAUGCAGGUGAUCGCCUGCAUCUCCUUGUUCCUCAGCCUGCUGGAGAUCAUGCACCUGGGCUACAAGAAGCUCAAGAAGGGCAUCCUGGACUACUACCCGCAUAUCAAAGACGAACUGGACGACUACUACGUCAGCAAGUCCAAGAAGAACUCGGUGGUGCACCAGGUCUGCGUGGGCACCUCGGUGGGCCGAAAGAGCACCAUCCCCACAGCGCCCAGCAGCUACACGUUACUGCUGGAGAAGCAGGGCAACGGGCCCAACUACCCACUGCUCAACGCCUCCUCUGCCUUCGUGCCCAUCCUGGAGGAUCCGGGCGUGAAGCCGGGCGACAGCAAAGAGGGCGUCCCGAGCCCCACCGACCAGAACUCCAACAACACCAGCAGCGACACCCGCUCUCCGCCCGUCGACAAGCAGGAGGAACCCGAGGAGGAUCUGGACUGCGCCGUCUGCGAGUAUCCCACGCUCCCGGCCGCAGACUCCACCUCCUGCUCCGCCCACUCUGCCGCCGCCCGUAGAGCCAGGAGGCCGAGUCCGCAGUGGAACUGCUCCACGGUGCCGGAGGGCAACGCCUCGGACAGCGGCGACUCCUACCAGGGCGGCUCCAUGAAGCUCCGCAGUGCAGCGGGGCCCCGGUCCAGGAACCUGCUCUCCAAGUCGGACAGCGUGCGGCGGCCCGGCAGGGCUCCGAGCCCGGACUCUGGCGGCGAGCUGAGCUCUGCGUCUCGACAGAGUCGCGAGAGCAACAGCCCUGCCGCGUCCUCGCCCAACAGGCGGGUGUCGGCGACGAGCAGCGGCGGCAGCAGCAGCAGGCGGGCGCCUACUGACCUGCAGAUUUAACACUCAUGUACGGUUCUCUGGCGGCCGUUUUGACAGGUGACCCGACCCACAAUGCACUGCUCUGCCAGAGGGACUGGCUAAUCUUUGAAGCAGACUUUGCGUACCAGUAGAUAUGUCAUACU